AUGUAAAAGGAAGCAUCAUAUAGCAGUUGUUUAAACAAGUCUCUAUCCGCAUGGUAAGGUAUCUAUUAAGGCAACUGACUGACUGUUCAUUGAGAGUAUGUGCAUCAGGGUGACUGUGAACUCUGGCUUUAGUGACCUUCAAAGUGGGUCUCACAGAUUGGCUCUGCCUCUUGCCAGCCUUUGUAACUUUAGACAAGUUAUUCUUCUCCAGGCCUCAGUCUCUUCAUGUGAAAAAUGGGGAUGCUGGAAAUAGUACCGACCUUAUAAAAGUGUACCAAUUAAAUGACAUAAUUUACAUAAAACACUUAACCCAGUAUUGGCCUGCUGUAAGCUCUCAAUAAAAGUUGACACAUUCUAUUUAUUUGGAGACUCAUGAGAAAAACUGGGGACAAAAGAUGUCUAGAAAGCAUCCAAAAAUAAGGUUCUUUUGCUUAACUUUUUAGAGUAGUGCCUAGGAACUGUUUGUGAGAUAAAACACAAUCUUCUUUAGGGAGCCUUAGAGGAGGGGGAAAAGUCUCUCUGGAAGUUUCAGUGGUCCUGGUUUGGUGAUGAGUUACACUGAGGAAAUUACUCUCUUGAGGCAAUUUCUGAGCUACAUACAGCACAUCAUUUCCCCAGGAUACCUGGCUGUCAUUUAGUGCCAAAGAAAAGCUGUUUACAGAAUGACACCAUGGCAUCCCCAAAGGGUUUAAUUUACCUCCCUAGAAGGUGGUAUAUUUUGACGCACUGCAAGACCGACCAUAUCAAUAACUCAGGUGAUUUAAUUGGCUUUUCCUCUUUUCCUAAAGCCAUGUCGAUCCCAUGGUAAUUAAUUGUGUGUGCUCUGAAUUGUGUUAUUUACAGUGCCAAGGAACCAAAAUGAAUCUGUAUUAGAAAUCGGUGGGAAGAUAUUUGAGAAGGCUGUAAAGAGACUCUCUAGCAUUGAUGGUCUUCACCAAAUUAGCUCUGUCUCCCCUUUCUGAUGGAUUCCAGCUGCUGUGUAUACCAUAAAGCAUCCUACUACCUCACAGUCUUUUAUGAGACUGGAUUAAAUGUUCCUCGGGAUCAGCUGCAGGGCAUGUUGUAUAGUUUGGUUGGAGGCCAGGGGAGUGAGAGGCUGUCGUCAAUGAAUCUUGGGUACAAACACUACCAGGGUAUUGACAACUACCCCCUGGACUGGGAACUGUCCUAUGCCUACUACAGCAAUAUUGCUACCAAGACACCUCUUGACCAGCACACGCUGCAAGGAGAUCAGGUAUGCGAGAGAAAAACAGUUGGGAAUGGUUAUGGGCCUGUUUACCUGCUUUCAUGGAGUGUCUGCACCUGUGGCUGCUUUCGUUGUUGGCCUUCAGAGGAUAAACAUAAUUGAAUGGAGAGAGGAGCUUUCUUGCGCUCUCCAAUUCCUAUUUCCUGGCUGUGUUCUCAGGAUGAAUGCAGGGGCAGCCCUACAUUUAUGCAUGAAAAGCUUUUCAUUCUUGAGAGGACCGGUAUGUGAAGAGUCCAUUUGGCCUUGAGCAGAUUUUGAUUUUGCAAAAAAGAAAGAUAGGUGUCUUGUCUUUGUGCCAAUACCCUAUGAGAUGCUGAGGUCUGGAGAUAUUAGGUGGAAUUGAGUCAAAUUGAGUGGAGGCAGGAAACUGUAAGGGCUCUUUUCAAUGUGUGAUGAGCAAGCAAUGUCUACAAUGGAGACAGGCAAACUUCCUACCCAACUAUGUUCCCCCUGCUGGGUGCUUGAGAAAUGUCUAGCCCCAUGCCAUGAGCCUUGCUACCCCAGUGCUCCCAGGUGACUGACAAUAGGAUGUGAUGAUUGAAGACUCCACCCUAUCCCAGAUGAAGGACUAGAUGAGGGACACUGACUCCAGCCCCCAGUUUUGCAGGCUCUCAAAUAUUAUUGAUUCAUUGGACAAAACAAUCAGUGACUCGCCUCUCCCAAAAGACCAUAAUGUAUUACAUUAGACCAACUGAUGGUUUGUUUCCAGACUUCUUCCGGAGGACAGGGAAUAAUAGGGUCCAACUAAAAGGUGAUAACGUAAGAAUAAAAGAAAGCUGCCCUUUGAUACAGAUCUGCAUUGACUAGUGGUAGACAAUGAACUGGUUGCUUCUUAUAAGUAGUUGUGUGUG